GACGCCAUUUUGUGUAUGUGAGAGUGAGAGACGAGAAGGGAAACGCCGCUGCUGCCGCCGCCACCACCGCCUGGGAACCUCACCGCGGGCCCUUCGCUGCCGUCACCCGCCGCAUUUCCCUCUUCGACCCUUCCCCUCCCCAGGCCCCCGCCCCGGCCCCUCCCUCGCCGCCGGGCGUCCAGCCAUGCCCUCCUCGCCGCUCCGGGUGGCUGUGGUUUGCUCCAGCAACCAAAACCGCAGCAUGGAGGCCCACAAUAUCCUCAGUAAGCGUGGCUUCAUUGUUCGAUCCUUUGGGACGGGGACUCACGUGAAACUGCCAGGACCAGCGCCAGACAAGCCAAACGUUUAUGAUUUCAAAACGACAUACGAUCAGAUGUACAGUGACCUGCUUAGGAAAGACAAAGAACUCUAUACACAGAACGGGAUUUUGCACAUGUUGGACAGAAACAAGCGGAUCAAGCCACGGCCGGAGAGAUUCCAGAACUGUAAAGACGUCUUUGAUUUGAUCUUGACGUGCGAAGAAAGGGUCUAUGAUCAAGUAGUAGAAGACUUAAAUUCUAGAGAACAGGAGACAUGCCAACCUGUACAUGUGAUCAACGUGGACAUUCAGGAUAAUCACGAAGAGGCAACGCUGGGAGCUUUCCUUAUCUGCGAACUAUGUCAAUGUAUACAGCAUACAGAAGAUAUGGAAAAUGAAAUAGACGAGCUGUUACAAGAAUUUGAAGAGAAAAGUGGAAGGACUUUUCUGCACACGGUCUGCUUUUAUUAAAAGCACGCCCGCCUCUUCCUCUUAGGCCUUACUUGCAGACGAAAGAAGAAGCAUGUGUUAGUUCUGAAUCUACUGGACUGUUUUCUCCCUUCCUCUUGGAGAAGUCGACUUAACAACCUCUUCCAUUGUUGCUGUUUAAUUUUUCUCCCCAACCUGCGCGAGUGUUUGUUUGUUUUUGUUAUUUUUUAAAUUGUUUGUGGGAUGUUUCCACGCAGAAACGCAAACAAACUUUGUGUGUAUAAAAUGAAAGAAAUUCUUUACAUGAAACGCUGCUUUAUUUAAGAGAUUUUUUAAAAAAGAAAAAGAAAUCAAGGUUUUGUUUAACUCUUCCCCUGUCUCCUCUCUUCCCACCUCCCUCUAUUGGAUGCCCUGCUUUAAUUGUUAUAAGUAGGGUUUUAAUUAUAAAGAGAAUAUAUGCAGAUGAUAUCAUUUAUAUUUUCCACCAUAAAUAUCAUAUUUCAGUUAUUGGGUAUUGGGGGAGGCGGCAGUGCAGGGGAGAUGCUUUUCUUUUAAUGCAACAGAACUGAACGGCUGGGAUAUGCAAAGGUAUGAAUGGGACAAUUAAUAUCUGUAUAAUAAUAGGAAUGAAAAUUGGAAGUGUCUAAUAAAUAUAAACUGCGCCAU